CAAUCCCACCCAGCACACACGGUGCAGGGGAAAGAGACGACAACAUGGCCGAAGCAGAGAGUAGCGAGUUAACUUCUGGUGGAAUUUUUCAGGAGAUCUUCACUUCUCCGCUGAAUCUGACCCUGCUCAGUCUCUGCUUGUUCCUUUUGUACAAAAUCUUCCGCGGGGACAAACCGCCGGAGCUCAGCGAGGAGGACAAACCACUGCCCAAAAUGAAGAAGAGAGAUUUUACGCUUGCGGAGCUGAAGCCCUACGAUGGGCUGCAGAACCCGCGGAUCCUCAUGGCCAUCAACGGCAAAGUGUUUGACGUGACCAGAGGGAAGAAGUUCUACGGACCAGAUGGACCGUACGGAGUGUUUGCAGGCAGAGAUGCAUCCAGAGGUCUGGCAACCUUCUGCCUGGAUAAGGAGGGCCUGAAAGAUGAACACGAUGACCUGUCGGACCUGAACUCCAUGCAAAAGGAGAGCCUUUCUGAUUGGGAGUCUCAGUUCACCAUGAAGUACGACUACAUCGGCAAGCUUCUGAAGCCAGGAGAGGAGCCAACGGAGUACACCGAUGACGAGGAAGGAAAAAACAAGAAGGCGGACUAAAACAUGAACCGUGACCACAAGGGGGAACAAGAUGCCUUAAUGUAUAUUGGUAAUUUGAUAACCCUAAUAGGGUCGCUGAAAACUCUUCCACCUUCUGUCCAUCUCCCACUACUUUUGGACCAAUCUCGGCUUGUAUACAAUGACUGAAUUCAGUUUAUCUUUAUUAAUCUCGUCUGAAGGCAUUAACGGUUAGAAAUGCAGCUUUCUAAUGUAGAGUUCUUUAAUUGUUUAGAGCUGUUACUGUAAUCUCUCAAACACUGAUCCACCAACCAAUCCCAGCGUUUUGUUGAGCUCCUGGUAGUUAUGUGGUGCUGAAAAAGGUGAUCAGCUCAUCUUGAUGGUUGCCAGGUUUCACUGAAGGGUCUCAGGAAGCGAUUUUUGGUUAAAAUCAAGAAAAAUGUACUCCAGGUCUGAAGCAGGACAGCCAAUGUCAGAGUCAGAAUUCUGGUAUUUUUGAGUUUACUCCCAUUGUGGUGCCACUGUUUUGUUUUUUUUAAAAUACAGUUUUGUCCUGCAUACUUGCAUAUAUUGGAUCUUUCUCAAUUCAAUUCACUUUUAAUUUUAUAGGCUCAAAUCACAAUAACAGUUGCCUCAAGGCACUUUAUGUUGUAAAGACCCUACAAUAAUACACUAAUUAUAGACCAAUAGUUGCGUUUUAAUGCACAUGUCUGUUUUAAGCUAAAAGACUAUCAAAUCACAGAACUGUCUCCAUAGGUAACAGCCCUCUUUACCUUCUCCAGCAGUGUCACUCUACAUGUUAUACCCUCUGCCAUUCCUGCUACCUGGUGAAAGCAACUUGUUUUAGUUUAAAGGUAUUAAAGUACUAAAGUAUUUAGCUGAUUUGCAACUUCAUAUUUUUAUUGCUGCACUCUGUUAGAGUGACUUUUCAUCUUUUAUAGUUCAAAGUAAUCCUUAUUUAUCCUACGACAGAGACUUUCAGACACAGCCAACCUUUUUUCUGAUUGGCUGCCCAUCAGAAACACCAGGCAGAGUUCUGUGCCUGAGAUAACCAUAUUGCGGACAUCCCCUCUCUGUGACCUCACAGAGACCCAAAAGUAGAAAAAACUGUCUGAAACUGAGCAGUGUAAAGUCUGAACCUUUGGCUCACAGGGGUUACUUGUACAUUUGAGUCUUUGGGCGUGUGUGAUAUGAAAAUCCAUUGCUGUAAGAUGACAUAAAUCACAGGAAAUAAUAAUACACUGCCCUUGACACAGACUUGCAUCAUUAAAUCAAGGCCUUAAAGGAGGUAGUCUAAACACUGCUGGUGUCAUUGUUCUGUAGCCGCUACAUUGUGCAGUCCUUAACAUGAUAAGUUAAAUCUAAAACCCGUCCAUUGUCACUUUAAUUAUAAGUGUAAGUACAUUUUCCUUACAAACUACAUCUAAAUUUCACAUCAGGCCUGUUGUACUGAUGAUCUCUGAAGAUUUGUACCUGCAUGCAUGUUCAAACUGUAAGAGGAUGAUGAUGUACCAUAGGUCUGUUAUCCCUACCCUUCAAAUUAUUCCUAACAGUUCCUGUAGCUAAAAAAAAAUAUUUCAAGUAUAAAGGUCAAAUUUUGCAUGGCGUAAUUAAAUACACUAAAUCUGUCCCACAAAAUGAGCUGAUUUUGAGGGGAUUUGGUGGGAACUUUUAACAAAAGUAGUAGACAUGUAAAAACCUUGUCAGUAAAUGAAUUAGAAAAAAUGCGUAAUGGUAAGUGCGGUCACCAUGGUGCUCCUUUAAACGAACAAACAUUUGGAAAUUUUUUCCCCCCAUUUAUUCUGUUUACCUUGAUUUUAACACUAAAUCUAUGAUGACAGAGAGACCAAAACCAACCCUCAGAUCAGCUGUCAUGGACGUAACAGCUAAACUUUGAAACGUUUUCAAGCCUUCAGACGUGAGUUCAUUUGUAACUCAGGAGUUGUUUCUGACUGUAGAAAAAUGUUUUCUUCUAUGUAACUUCCAUUUAAAACAAACAAAACAUCCAAUAUGUUGACAUUCCUGGUAUGCGUAUAUAUGUUAUUCAUCAUACAGUCAUACUGUUAUAAUCCUGAAAUGACGUUUUGAUUUAAUAAAAAAAAACUACAAAAUGAA